CUGAACCUAAAGCAAACCUCUGGAGAAUCUUGAAUCGAAGAGGAAGAGGUUUUAGAAUUGCCCUGGCUUGCGAGCUUCCCAUCGAUGGCUGGCGUAUCCCUCCAGUGCGGUGACUGUGGAGCGCUAUUGAGGUCCGUACAAGAAGCUCAGGAGCACGCAGAGCUCACCUCCCACUCCAACUUCUCCGAAUCGACUGAAGCUGUUCUCAACCUUGUUUGCACCACUUGUGGCAAGCCAUGCCGAUCCAAGACCGAGAGUGAUUUGCAUGCAAAAAGAACUGGGCAUAGUGAAUUUGCUGAUAAGACAUCUGAGGCGGCGAAACCAAUAAGUUUGGAGGCUCCAAAGGUGGAUGCAAUGUCUAACGAGGUUGUCACUGCAACCAAUGACCAAUCUGAUGAAAUGGUUGUUCCUGAGGUUGACAAAAAGGUGCUUGUGGAACUUGAAUCAAUGGGUUUUUCAACUGCGCGUGCGACACGUGCACUUCAUUAUUCUGGUAACACUAGCCUUGAGGCUGCUGUGAAUUGGGUAGUAGAGCAUGAGAAUGACCCUGCCAUAGAUCAGAUGCCCUUGGUACCUGCAAACACCAAAGUUGAGGCUCCUAAACCUUCUCUUACACCAGAACAACUGAAAGCUAAACAGCAGGAACUCAGGGAGAGGGCUCGCAAGAAGAAAGAAGAGGAAGAGAAGAAAAUGGAGAGAGAAAAAGAAAAGGAGAGAAUUCGUAUAGGAAAGGAGUUACUGGAAGCAAAAAGAAUUGAAGAGGAGAAUGAGAGAAAACGGCUGCUGGCUCUACGAAAAGCUGAGAAAGAGGAAGAGAGAAGGGCUAGAGAGAAAAUCAGGCAGAAAUUGGAGGAAGACAAGGCUGAAAGAAGGCGAAGACUUGGAUUACCUCCUGAAGAACCAUCGGCUCCCAAACCAUCAAAUGUCGUGGAGGAGAAAAAGAGUUCAUUGCCAGUUCGGCCUGCCACAAAAGCUGAGCAAAUGAGAGAGUGCCUGCGCACUCUCAAGCAGAACCACAAGGAUGAUGAUGCAAGAGUAAAGAGAGCAUUCCAGACACUACUAACUUAUGUGGGGAAUGUUGCCAAAAGUCCCGACGAGGAAAAAUUUAGAAGAAUAAGACUUAGCAACCAAACUUUUCAGGAAAGAGUUGGUGCCUUGAAAGGGGGAAUUGAUUUCCUGGAAAUUUGUGGGUUUGAGAAAAUCGAAGGGGGAGAGUUUCUGUUUUUGCCUCGGGACAAGGUUGACAAGGCAGUCCUCAAUUCUGCUGGGUCCGAACUCGACUCUGCAAUCAAAAAUCCCUUUUUUGGAGUUCUUUAGUCCAUAUCUUACAGACAACUGUAAUAUCGUUACUCUAGGCUGGAAACUCAGCUUUUGAUGUUUCGAGAUAGAGGAGAAUUCUGACUUCUUUGAAACUUCUGCCCGUGGUUUUAUGUUUGAUUCUCAGGCACGUACUGAAACUUAUCCUUCCCUUUGUAACAAGAAAUUUCGAGAGAAAUGCGGAUAUGUACACACAUUUUUCCAUUUGUGCAAAGCACUUGUUAUUACAAA